GGUGUGGGGUGGGGGGGGGGGGGGGGGGGGGGUGGGGGUGGGGGGGGGGGGAAGGGGGUGGGGGGGGGGGGGGGGGGGGGGGGGGGGGGGGGGGGGGGAGGGAGGGGGGGGGGGGGGGGGUUGGAGGUGGGGGGAGGUGGGGGGGGUGGGGGUGGGGGGGGGGGGGUGGGGUUUGGGGGGGGGGGGGGGGGGGGGGAUGGGGGGGGGGGGGGGUUGGAGGGGGGGGGGGGUGGGGGUGGUGGAGGGGGAGGUGGGGGUGGGGGUGGGGGGUGGGGGGGGGGGGGUGGGGGGGGGUGGGGGGGGGGUUGGGGGGGGGGGGGGGGGGGGGGGGUGGGGGGGGGGGGGGGGGGGGGGAGGGGGGGGGGGGGGGGGGGUGGGGGGGGGGGGGGGGGUGGGGGGGGGGGGGGGGAGGGGGGGGGAGGGGGGGGGGGGGGGGGGGGGGGGGGGGGGGGUGGGGAGAGGGGGGGGGGGGGGGGGGGGGGGGGGGGGGAGGGAGGGGGGGGGGGGGGGGAGGGGGGGGGGGGGGGUGGGGGGGGGCCUGUGCCUCUUACAGUAUUCCAGAUAGACUGGCCUCUUGGAGAAGCACUGUGA